CUUUAAAAGGGAUGGUAUUGAAUUUAUUUUCACCAUUUCCAUUUAUACUAAAACUCUCUUUUGAUUGUAAAUAAGGUAAAUCCGUGUUAAAAUUUGUUUCAUUAUUGGUAUUUACACUCAAACUUGACAAAAAUUGGCAUUUAAUACCAGGGUUUUUUAGUUUUAAAUUUGUACACAUUUGUUUGGAACCUCUUUUAUGCCUUAUUGCUUGAUAUUUAUUACGUCGAAUUAAAACAUCCAACAUUAAACUGGAAUUGGAACCUUUCAAAUGUUGCUGGUACUUGUAUUUUCUGUUCUUACAGGUACUUUUAAAUAUAUUGUCAGGAUGAAUUGUUUUUGGGCACAGUCUAAGGUCUUGAAUUGUCUCCUUCGGAGUUCUAUUUAUCAUAUCUCCAUCUAUGUUAUUGAUUUUGAACAUGAACGGACUCAACGGACUUGCUGUAUUACUACCUUGAAUAACUUUUUCUCCCAAACAAACUAUAUUGGGCACAGGAGAUUCUUGAUUUAUAACUUUUUUCUUUUUCUUGUAAAACUGCAUUAAAUGCUGUAAUAUAAGCAAUCCCAUCUUAAACAUAAAAUUUUGAUAAAAAAUGACACUGAAAGAAUACAAAAGUCAACCUAACAUUUUAACUCAAAAUUUUUGUGUUAAUUAAAAAACCUUCAAAAUGGGUUUUAAAAAAAAAUGUCUAACGAACUUUCCACUAAAAAUGUAGAGGUCCAAACGAUAUUAAAUGUCCGUCCGUUUAUAUUGGAUUAUCCCAAUAUUGCAAAAGUUACUGCGAAUAGAACAACUCUAACAGAAAUUGCCAUCAAGCCUGUAGAAGAGACAAAGCAGUUUUACUCUCUACUGCAAUAUACACCAUACCAAGACAUACGCAAAGGCAGCUUAAGAACUCUUAAUUUACCAAAAGCACCGACACUAAGUUUUAGGAAAACCUCUUUACCCAAAGGAUUUACGAAACUAAAGAAAAAAGCUUUGAAAUUGACUUUAUGUGACGAUGAUGGUUUUAGCGAGGUCUGUUCAGACCUUUUACGAAGACAAGAACAGGAUGUAUUGGUGGUUCCUGAAAUUGACAACAGUACACAGACUAAGAUCUUGGUAAUGCCCCAUAUACUGAACCAAAAUGCCAUUGCUAAAGUUUAUGCACUCAAAUAGUUUCUUGUAA